GGCCGGACGAGGUUUCCAUGGUGACGGCAAACAAGGCCCUGACUGAAGUGUCAGCUGCUGAAUUUCUACCCCCGCCGCCGCCAUGAUUCCCCCUGCUGACUCUUUGCUCAAAUACGACACCCCGGUGUUAGUCAGCCGGAACACAGAGAAACGGAGCCCCAAAGCUCGGCCACUGAAAGUCAGCUCUCAGCAGCCAGGACCCUCAGGCCCAGUCCCACAGCCACCAAAGACCAAGCUCCCCUCAACUUCCUGGGUCCCAGAUCCUACAAAGCAGGCAGAAGAAAUCUUGAACGCUAUCCUGCCCCCAAGGGAGUGGGUGGAAGACACACAGCUAUGGAUCCAGCAGGUGUCCAGUGCCCCCAGCACCAGGAUGGACGUGGUGCACCUGCAGGAGCAGCUGGACCUGAAGCUGCAGCAGCGGCAGGCCAGGGAGACGGGCAUCUGCCCCGUGCGCAGGGAGCUCUACUCACAGUGUUUUGAUGAGCUGAUCCGCGAGGUCACCAUCAACUGUGCGGAGAGGGGGCUGCUGCUGCUGCGAGUCCGGGACGAGAUCCGCAUGACCAUCGCAGCCUACCAGACCUUGUACGAGAGCAGCGUGGCAUUUGGCAUGAGGAAGGCACUGCAGGCCGAACAGGGGAAGUCAGACAUGGAGAGGAAAAUUGCAGAAUUGGAAACAGAAAAGAAAGAUUUGGAGAGACAAGUGAACGAGCAGAAGGCAAAAUGUGAGGCCACCGAGAGGCGGGAGAGUGAGCGGAGACAGGUGGAGGAGAAGAAGCACAACGAGGAGAUUCAGUUCCUAAAGCGGACGAAUCAGCAGCUGAAGGCCCAACUGGAAGGCAUUAUUGCACCAAAGAAGUGAUACUUUCCAUAUGGGUCUCAGCAAGCUCUACUGCCCCAUCAUAAGCCCUUUGUAAUAAAAAGCUAGUUUCCUGAGUGAAUAAGCCAUCCCUGCCCUGAUCACCACCUUCAUAUGUCACAAGUCAUGAAACCCAUCAGCCAGGAUCCUGGCCGGGCAAAGGAAGGUGGCACAGGCCAGAGCCCCUGUAUGUGGCUUACUGGCCAACCUUGGGAUUUGCCAACUCAAACAGUAAGGCUUGAAUUCACCCCUUUCUACUGAAGCAAUUACUCUGAUCAUCUCCACGCCAUUACGCAUUUCUGACCAAAUGGAACUGCUUGUGUCUCCAUUUUAUCUUCUGCCUUAAGUUGGGUUUCUCUGGCCUUACUUUCCCUUAUCUGAUGGCUUUUCAUCAUCCCUACCCCAGUUCAGUUCCAGUAACUCAUUUUGGAGUUCUGGGUUUAUCGUUCUCAUCUCCUUACCUGCCAAGUCAAUUGGACCCCUUCCUCCUACUGUAGACUGCUUAGGUGAGGAGGCAAAGGUUGAGUCAAUCUCAUGGCUUUUGAGGAAGCAAAUGUUUGCUGGCAAGAAGUACAACUCACAACCUUCACUGUGAGCUGCUGGCAUCUCGGCUCCUCCUCCACCACUAAUCUCAUUUGUUCACCUUUUUCUGCAGAAGACCAAACCCUGGCCUACGUCCCUCUAACUAGCUGCGUUUAAUUAGCAAGUGGAGAGGUGCCCAGACCGCAUAAGCAGUUCUAAUUAUUAAUGAUUGGGCCAUGGCCUGUAUUCAGCUGUGUUUUACUAUUCCUCUUAAGUUAAACUCAGAAGUUUUGAAGGCUCGGUACUCUUGUUUGGUAAACCCAGAAGACUGAAUUAGUAAAAUAAAUCUAAUUCAGGACUAGGGUGGGCUAGGGUGGCAAGUUGGGUGAUUUGCAUCUUUCAGUCACAUUUCGUGUAACAUAUGCUAAAGGCACAUUUGGUCAGAUGCCUCAAGUGUACUCUUCCCCGAAAGAGGGUCUCUUUAGUGGCACCCUCCCCUGACACCCAUGCUGGUCAGGGCGUCAAGGCUCACUGGAAGCAGCACAGCCCCACCAGAAGAGCUGUGUUUCACCAAGCUGAAUGUGCCUUAUACACUGAUCUCAAAUCUGAAGUCACAGCCUUUACCCUUAACCAGGUAUCCAGAGAAAUUCAAUAAGACUCCCUGGAAAUGUGUGGAGUGUCACUCUCCUGAGAAAGGCCGGUGUUCACGGAGAUGAGCCGGUUCCAUGACUUGGCAACAGUAAAGCACUGGCCACUUCACAGACUUGAUGAGAGACCACAGAAGCGGCCGCAGGCUUUCCCUACCUUAAAGCCCAGGCCGUGGUACUACAUCCUUUACACGUCCUUCCUUUACAUUUCUGUUCCAAACUGCUAAUAGAAAAGAGAGGCCACACUUUUCACGUUACAGACCUCAUCUCUGUCACGCAUUUAUAGCAGUUACAUCCUGGAGGAACUGAGAGGGUCAAUUCAAGCAUCAGAAGGGCCAAAGGACUGGCGCAUGGAACUCCUUGAGGGCGUGGGGGUUUUAUUUUUAUUUGCACUAGCACUGGUGAAAGACUUCAACUGUCAGACCUCAACACAAAUAUAUUAUGGCUUUAGAUAUGCCAACUGGGCGUGAAGAACACAAACACAAUUGCAUAUUUUUAUAUAA